CCUUCGUCCCCGGUUGGGAACCAUAACUAAUGCGGCCUGGACCAUAAUAGCUGUCCUAAACAGGAAGUUUUUAACGUAUGGUUCGUUAUAUGAACGUAUGGGGUAGAUGUAAUGAUUCUGUAUGCAUGUUUAUGCACUCGCAUAUUCGAGGACUCCUUAUGCAACAUUGAAUAUUAUAUAUAAGUGACUACCUAGGUAGGUAGCUAUUCCAAAUAUUUUAUACUACUUCCAUGUAUAUAUAAAGCCGCCGCUGUGUGAACCAUCUGUGUACAUAUUCCAACGAUGGAUCUCCCUAAAACGAUGGACGAACUAGUCGAUGAUUUUAUCUUCGUCACAUACGCUGACGCUAGCAUAUCUCAAACGAAUGUCGGAUACCUCGACGAAAUUAGCGAUUUUAUUGACGGCAUUACCGACGAAUUGUGGCCCGUUAAUAAGAAAAUUCACGAUAAUCCAGAGCUCGGGUAUGAAGAGUUCAUCGCCCAUGACACUUUGACCAAGUUUAUGGCCGCUAGGCCGGGAUGGAAAGUAACGCCGUCCGCUUACGGACUGGCUACUGCGUGGGUUGCUGUGUUUGAUAGCGGCAAGAAAGGCCCUACGGUAUCGUUCAACGUAGAAAUGGACGCACUGGACGGUAUCGGGCAUGCGUGUGGCCACAAUCUCAUUGCUACUGCUUCCGUAGCCGGUGGACUAGCGACAGCUGAAAUAGUCAAACAACAUGGUCUAUCUGGGAAAGUUGUCAUGUUUGGUACACCUGCAGAGGAAGGUGGAGGCGGCAAAAUCAAGCUCUUGCAAGCUGGUGCUUACCGAGAUCAUAAUGUCGACAUCAACUUGAUAUCACACCCUGGUAUCACCCAAGACACUGCUUUAAUGCGCACAUCUGCGUAUACCGCAUUUUCAGUUGAAUAUUUUGGACGCGAGGCCCACGCCGCGGCAAACCCUUGGCUAGGUAUCAACGCGCUUGAUGCGUUGAUCACGGCUUAUAAUGCCUUGUCAGUCCUUCGCCAACAAACUAUGCCGGGCGAUGUUAUUCAGGGGAACAUCACGGAUGGCGGUGUUCGGCCGAAUGUGAUCCAUGCUCACACGGCUGGGAACUUUGUUGUCCGCGCCAAUACUCAGACGAGAAUGAAGGAAUUAAAGGAGAAAGUGGACAGAUGCUUUGAAGGGGGAGCACUUGCAACUGGUGCCACGCUCAAGAUGAAGCCGGUGCAGACUUACGCCGACCACGUCCCCAAUCGAGUGCUUGGCGCUUCUUACCGGAAAUACUUCAACGCAUUGUCGCCUCCACAACCAAUCCCAGGAAACGACGACGUGGAUGAAAUCGCAGGCCGGACAAUGGCUAGUACAGAUCAAGGUGAUAUCAGUUACGCUAUGCCUAGUCUGAACGUAGGGUUUGCUAUUCCACCGGGGCCAAACGGGAACGGGCCUCACAAUCCGGAAUUUGCGGAAGCGGCUGGGAAAAGGGUGGCGUUUGAAAGAUGUUUACGGGUAGGGAAAGCGAUGGCAGGUACAGCACUAGACGUUUUAACAAAAGAUGGCCUUUUGAUGGAAGUGAAGAGGGAAUGGGAAAAAGAUGUGAAAGGAAGUAAAUAGUAGUACAUGUCCUACAUGUGUAGAUAAUAUAUAUUAUAUCACUAAUCAAUGUGAUGAAGGAGCUUGCUAAGCCUUGCUUCA